UGAUCACACGCAGUCAUGAGACUCUCUUGAAACACCGGUUACGAUGUUUCGGUGAUCUUGUAGUGACAAUGGUGUUUUUAUCUUUCUUUCUCGGUUUACUGCUCGUGACGGCCUCUGAAAACGAUGCAGCCGAGAGGAUUCAAGCUUUCGUCAUUCCUCACAGUCAUAUGGAUGUUGGCUGGGUGUACACGGUCCAGGAGAGCAUGCAUGCAUACGCCAGCAAUGUGUACAGCAGUGUAGUUGAAGAGCUGUCACGAGUCAAAAGCCGCAAAUUCAUCGCAGUUGAACAGGAGUUUUUCCGACUCUGGUGGGUGAAUGUGGCAACAGAUUGGCACAAGAAACAG